GCUAAGGGCUAUUCCAGAAAAUCAUGUAGUGGGGAGGGGGGAAGGCAGGUACUUUUAUUAGAAUUUGAUGGGUGGUUGUUAUUUUAGAAAGAUUGCCUGAACAAUUUAAGGAAAUACCCAAUUAAAAAUUUAUGCAUGAUGGAGUAAAAAAAAAGCCUUCCUUCACCCCAUACAUUUAUUUCUGGAUUAGCCCUAAAUAUAUACAAUUGUGCAAUUAAUUAAAAAAUACAUCCUAAAAGCAAAUCACUGGAAUUUUUUUUUCUGUUGUGCAAUAAAAUUGCUGGUUAGCGACUAGUCUUCAAGGAGCUUUUUUUUAUAUCUACCAUAUAUGAUAUAUUUAUUUAAAAUUAUUUAUGUACCCCUUUAAAAAUUCAAUUUAAUGCAUCAGAUGAUAUAAACAGAAAUAUUAUAGCCAAUCAGAAAAUUUAUAUGUCCAAAAUAUCCUGUACAUGCAUGCACAUUCAUUAUGUACUAUCUCAUCAAAGAGAACUUUUUAUUUACAGAACUGGCCUAUGUUGGAGCAGCAAAAUACAAUGUGAAAUUAGAAAAGGUUAUUCUCAAAAGAAUAAUUAAAACAUCUAAAACACCAGAAAAACUGGCCCUCAACCUUAUAGCGCCACUUUUAUCAGAGUAUGAGAUCAACAACUGCACUCUAUAUGGCAAUCAGCAACAUAAGAAGGAAGCAGUUGCUGAAAACAAAAGGAGAGCUAUAAGAUCUGCUGUGUUUGAUAAAUUUGGAGGAGAAAAAGAACAGAAUGAACAACUAUGGACAAAGCUGACCAUCAAUAUAAACGAUAAAAUUAGAGGUUUAAAGAAUGGCAAAUAUAAAAAAACAGUGAAAUAUUAGAUGUGAUAGACCAGCUGUCUUAAACAAACUGUAUCUUCAAUUCUUGAUUAUAUCUAGGACGAGUUUGAAUUAGUGCAGGAAACUGUAUUUUAUUGAAGAGUGAAGUCCCUUGAAAACAUUAAAAAAAUGAUUUCCAAAAUAUCUUGACUAACUAUGUUUGACCUACAUCAUUUUCAUUUAUAAUAACAAAUGCAGGUUAACUUAGGUACUUAUGGUGUAAAGUAAUCAUGUACCUCUUCACAACAUGAUAAAUAUUUUUAAGAUAGUUUCAAAGUAACAUUUUGAUUUAAGGGUGACUACGAAAUUAAGCCAUUGAUUUCUGUAUAUCAUCAUUUUUAUAUAACAAUUAUAAUAUACACAUGAAAGAAGUAAAUAUGACACUGUUAUAUAUAUAUUCAUACAAAUAUAAC